GUCUUGGUUGGGUGCACAAAUCUUCUUUUAUGUGUGCUGCUUCGUACGCCGUUGCCUAGACGAUCACUGGCUUUCACUAAGGAUGUCUGGCUCUCGUAAAGAGUUUGAUGUGAAGCAGAUUUUAAAAAUCCGAUGGAAGUGGUUUGGUCAUCAGGCACCAGCCCCUAAUUCUGCAAUUGAAAACCACCAGGGAGACUUCUGGAAUAGAGGACAAAAUGUAACAACUGCUGGCACAAAGUUUUUAAAUUCAGGUAACCUACCUUUAACAUCAGUUGGUUACAGAAGGUCCAGCCAACAGGAUUUGCAGAAUUUUCAUCCUUGGCCAAUGGCAUCCACCUCAGAAAUCCCUACAUUUGAAUUUGCAGCAGAAGACUGUGGAGGUGCACGUUGGCUUGACAGACAACAAACAGAUGACAGAGCAAGUGAAGAAGAAAAUGAAUCAGACAGCAGUUCGUGCAGAACCUCCAUCAGCAGUCAUACCUUAUCAUCUUGUCCAGCUAUGGAGCCCUGUACCUCAGAUGAAUUUUUUCAGGCUCUCAGCCAUGCUGAACAAACUUUUAAAAAAAUGGAGAAUUAUCUUAGACACAAACAGCUAUGUGAUGUGGUGUUAGUUGCUGGUGAUCGUAGAAUUCCAGCUCACAGAUUGGUUCUCUCCUCUGUUUCGGACUACUUUGCAGCAAUGUUCACUAAUGAUGUAAGGGAAGCAAGACAGGAGGAAAUCAAGAUGGAAGGCGUGGAGCCAAAUGCAUUGUGGGCUCUGGUUCAAUAUGCAUAUACAGGUCGCCUUGAAUUAAAAGAAGAUAACAUUGAGUGCCUGUUGUCUACAGCUUGUCUUCUUCAGCUCUCUCAGGUUGUAGAAGCCUGCUGUAAAUUCCUAAUGAAGCAGCUUCACCCCUCCAAUUGCCUUGGAAUCCGAUCUUUCGCUGAUGCGCAGGGUUGCACUGACUUGCACAAGGUGGCUCACAAUUACACUAUGGAAAACUUCAUGGAAGUAAUUAGAAACCAGGAAUUUCUGUUGUUGCCAGCCACUGAAAUUGCAAAGCUUUUAGCAAGUGAUGACAUGAAUAUUCCUAAUGAAGAAACUAUACUGAAUGCACUACUUACAUGGGUUCGACAUGACUUGGAACAGAGAAGGAAAGACCUCAGUAAACUCCUGGCUUACAUUAGACUGCCUCUUCUUGCUCCACAAUUUCUGGCAGAUAUGGAAAAUAAUGCACUCUUCAGGGAUGACAUUGAAUGUCAAAAACUCAUUAUGGAAGCAAUGAAGUACCAUCUGUUGCCAGAGAGACGACCUAUGUUGCAAAGUCCUCGCACCAAACCUAGAAAAUCUACAGUGGGUGUAUUGUUUGCUGUUGGAGGAAUGGAUGCAACAAAAGGAGCUACGAGUAUUGAAAAGUAUGAACUUCGUACCAACAUGUGGACUCCUGUUGCAAACAUGAAUGGACGAAGAUUACAGUUUGGAGUUGCAGUUUUAGAUGAUAAAUUGUAUGUUGUUGGUGGCAGAGAUGGACUGAAAACAUUGAAUACUGUUGAGUGUUACAACCCUAGAACAAAAACCUGGAGUGUAAUGCCACCUAUGUCCACUCAUCGUCAUGGUCUUGGAGUAGCUGUAUUGGAAGGUCCCAUGUAUGCAGUAGGAGGACAUGAUGGCUGGAGCUACCUGAAUACAGUAGAAAGAUGGGAUCCACAGGCUCGUCAGUGGAACUUUGUAGCUAGUAUGUCAACUCCAAGGAGCACUGUUGGUGUAGCAAUAUUAAAUGGAAAGCUCUAUGCAGUUGGUGGUCGAGAUGGAAGUUCUUGUCUGAAGUCAGUAGAGUGCUUUGAUCCUCAUACAAACAAAUGGACCCUCUGUGCUCAGAUGUCAAAAAGAAGAGGUGGUGUAGGUGUAACCACCUGGAAUGGUUUCUUAUAUGCAAUAGGUGGUCAUGAUGCCCCAGCAUCAAACUUAACAUCCAGGCUGUCAGACUGCGUAGAAAGGUAUGAUCCGAAAACAGAUAUGUGGACUGCUGUGGCCUCUAUGAGCAUUAGCAGAGAUGCAGUGGGAGUUUGUCUUCUUGGUGACAAGCUGUAUGCUGUUGGAGGAUACGAUGGUCAAACAUACCUUAAUACAGUGGAGUCUUAUGAUCCCCAGACAAAUGAAUGGAUGCAGGUUGCACCAUUGUGCUUAGGAAGAGCUGGAGCCUGCGUUGUGACUGUAAAACUGUGAAUUAUUUUCUCUAUGAAGGUGACAUUCUCCUCUGUGGACUCAGAUUAUUUGUUUUUUCCUCAAGCAAACUACCAGUGCACCAAUAAACACAAGGUGCAGGAUAUCUAUGAUGGCAAAGUGUUUGGUCUCAAGCUAACAAGUAUAUGUUGUUCUUACGGACCAAUAUUCAGCACUUUUGUAAAAAAUCAUGUUUGUUACCCAUAUGUUACAAGAAUUCUUUUUUGUAAGAAAAUCAGCUGC